GAGUCAUUGACCAGCUGGUACAUCAGUGGAUGCUGACUGGUGUUCUCACAGCUGUCACACGCUGCAGAGUUAGAAAGUCUAUCUUUUCGCCAACGUCAGCUCCUGUAUCUCCCAACCCCUUCAUCGCCCGAUACAAGAUGUCGAGUGCUCCAGCCACGAAGAAGCUCAAGUCCACCAAAGUCAUUGGAACACAUUCUGGAACCUUUCACUGCGAUGAAGCUCUGGCAGUGUACAUGCUCCGAUUAACAGACGAAUUCAGGGAUGCAGACGUGGUUCGAACGAGAGAUCCGGCCAAGUUGGAACCACUGGACAUUGUCGUCGAUGUCGGUGGAGUCUACGAUCCCUCUAGACAUCGGUACGACCACCAUCAAAGAGGUUUCACAGAGGUCUUUGGGCACGGAGGCUUCGACAAGAUCAAGUUGAGCUCUGCAGGCUUGGUAUACAAACAUUUCGGAAAACAGAUUAUCGCUCAGCAGCUCGGUGGUGUGGAGGAGAGUGAUCCUACUGUGGAGCUGCUUUGGUUGAGAUUAUACUCUGGAUUUAUUGAGUCCGUCGAUGCGAUCGACAACGGAGUGAACAUCGCUACUGGUCCUACCAAUUACUCUGUCAAUUCUGAUCUCAGCUCAAGAGUCAAGCGCAUAAAUCCAAAUUGGAACGAAUCGACGACUGACGAGACUUAUGAUAACCUCUUUCAAAAAGCCUCUGCAGUGACUGGAGACGAAUUCAUGUCGCAAUUGGAAUACUAUAUCAAAGCUUGGCUCCCGGCCAGAGAUAUUGUCCGAGAAGCUAUGGAGAAGCGAUUAGAAAUCGAUCCGAGUGGAGCAGUUGUUCGAUUUGACAAGGCUGCACCGUGGAAAGACCACUUGUUCCUACUGGAACCAUCACUCCCUUCUGCCCCAUCCCAGAUCCUAUACGUACUGUAUCCUGAAUCCGAAGCUCCCAAUUCCAAAUGGCGUAUCCAAUGCGUACCCGUCAACCCCGACUCGUUUGAGAACCGAAAAUCUCUACCUGAAGCAUGGCGAGGUGUGAGAGAUCAAGACCUCAGCAAGGUAUCAGGGAUAGACGGAUGUGUCUUUUGUCAUGCCUCAGGGUUCACGGCGGGUGCAGAGACGUAUGAAGGUGUGUUGGAGAUGGCGAAGAAGGCCAUCGCCGCCUGAUGGCUGCGGGGAGAACAAGAUGUCUUGUCAUGCAUGUCGA